UUCCGAGAACUUGUCGGCCUCCCUCUUAAGGAAUUCCAUCUUAUUACAGGAGACUUCAGUGAAUACGAGCACGCUUUGAAACCCCUCGAUGGACUCGAGAAGAUCACUCUGGAGUGAACAUGACUCCACGUGGGUCAAGACUAAUCUUCUAAAGCAGCUGGAAGAAAGUGACCCCCCAUACUAUGUUUGCAUCCACGAGCGAGACUUCAAGCCUGGGAAGCCUAUAAUCACCAACAUCAUUGAAUGCAUCUCAAAAAGCUACAAGACCAUUUUUGUUCUCUCAAACCAUUUUGUGAGCAGUGAGUGGUGCCACUAUGAAUUCUUUUUUGCACACCACCAGGUAUUUGAUGAGAAGAAGGACUCACUUAUUCUGCUGCUGCUGGAGCCCAUCCCCACCAACUCCAUUCCAGACCGCUUUUGUAAACUAAGAAAACUGAUGAAUAAGAACACCUACCUGGAGUGGCCACAUGAUGAGGCCCGACAGUCCAUGUUUUGGAAGAGACUGAAGGCAGUGCUGAACCAGGAAGUCAAAGCACCAAGCCAAUAGGGCUCCACUGGAAAGUGUUGGGCAUUCUAAUAAAUUGAGACCAAACCAUUCUCACGUUGGCUUCCAGAGAAGCAGAUCAUUGUUUAUACUGUCUUGCACCUGACGUACAGUUCAAGGCUUUGAAAAAAAACUCACAUUGGUUUUAAUGAUAUAACUCGUAAACUGAAAUAUGAGGAGGGCAUAUAAAUUGAAGGAAGUAUAAAUUGUAUGCUCAUUACAUUGCAUGGAAGGGCCAUCUGGUGUUGGCUAGAUCAUAUUAUUAUUUUAAUUUAAUUGAAUCAAGUAAAAAUAACCCUAAUUUUCUUUUUGCUACCCUAGACAAAUGAAUUAACCCCCACUUAAUAGUCCCACCCUUUACAUUAGCUGCAAUGACUUUUUAAACUUAAAAAAAAAAAAAAAAAACUGGACACCAGAAAUCAGAUUCUAUUAAAAAGGAUUCUAGCACAAUAUUACCAGUUAAAACUGUUAAGGCUUGUACAGGCUUUUUCUUUGAUUCAUUUACAAGAACUGACAGCGCUAGUUCAGCAUAUGAGAGAUAGCACAUGCUCUCUUGAUCCUAUUCCUACAAACUUUUAAGAGAUGUUUCCGGUGCUAUUAAUACCCACAUCUUAAAAAUUAUAGAUGGUUCACUUUCCUCUGGUAUACUUUCCUCAGCUCUUAAGGUAGCUGUGGUAAAGCCUAUGGUUAAAAAACACAAUUUGGUCCCUAAAGUACUGAAUAACUAUAGGCCAAUUACCAUUCUUAGAUUACCAACUUUGAUCCUGAUCUAUCAUUUGAAACUUUUAUUAGGGAAGUUAGAAAUAUUUUUACCAUUUGAGAAGUAUAGCCAUAUAGACCAAUUAUAUCUGUAUUUGAUGCCGAGAGACUAAUGCAUGCCUUUGUUUCAUCUAGACUUGAUUAUUGCAAUGCAUUUUUUUCUGGUAUCCCAAAAGGUGUCCUGUUUUGCUUAUAGCUUGUUCAGAAGCUGUAGAAUUCUGACUAAAACCAGGAAAAGUGAACAUAUUACCCCUGUUUUAGCUUCCUUGCACUGGAUCCCUGUGCAGUAUAGAAUAGAUUAAGAUUCUGAUGUUAACCUAUAAAGCCCUAAAUGGAUUAGCACCUAGUUAUUAGCUGGAGUUACUGGCCCUGUACCAUUCAAAUCUCACUCCUAGAUCACAGGAUGCAGGGCUACUGGUUAUUGCUAGGCUCAACAAAAUUAACACGGGAGGAAGGCCUUUUCAUGUAUGGAAUGCCCCUUCUUUUGUCAGGGAAGCAGCGACUGUUACAGUUUUUAAGUAAAAUGGCUUUCUUAUCUUAGUGGGUUUAAAUGUAACUUUUAAAUUUUUGCAUUUUUAACAUUAUUUUUUUUAUAUAUAUAUACUGCUUUUCAAAUAUGCUAUUUAAUAUGUAGCAGUUGUGUAUGCCUGGGGACUUUUAUACAAAGGUAUUGUAUUGUGCUUUUUCUUUCUUUUUUUAAAAAAUGUACUGUACAGUGCUUUGUGAUACUUUGUAUGAAAUGUGCUACAUAAAUGUAAUA